AUGAUGAAUAAGCCUUACUUUUUUCAUUAAACAUUUUUAAUUUUUUUUCUUAUUUAUUUAUUUAUGAAUCAAAAUUAUGUGUCAUUUUCUUCAAUAUAUUUUUUAGAUAAUUUAAUUACGUCCUCUACAAAUAAAUCAUAUAAAUCAUCAUCGCCUUUAUAAUCUGAUUUCCACAUAUAUUCUAAAUAUUUUUCUGCAAACUUAUCAAAGAAGAAGGCGUAUACUACUAUUUAUUUAUAGAUUUUUAGCAUUUACUCCAUUUUGCAAUCAUAAAUGAAAGCAGUUAUUAUAAUUUUAUCUUUUUAUAUAAAGUUGCGCUUGAUAAAUUUAGAAUCAUUUGUUAUUAUUUUGAUAGAAAAAUUAUCUUACUCACAAUUAAAAAUAUUUGUUAUAUAAUGCAAGAAAUCUUCUGUUCCUUUCUUAUUAUUUGUUUUCAAAGGAACAAUAAGCUAUUUAUCAUCAAACAUUUAUUCAUAAUCUAUUCUUUAUCUUCGCUUAAGAUCUACAUCUCCUCCAGUAAUUUAAUUUUAAUCAGUUAAUUAAUCAACAAAUGUAUUUGUUUCAUCAUUUUCGUUACCCAAAUUCUAUUCUAUCUACGGAUUACUUAUAAUAGAUCUCAAUUAUUAAUUUAGAGUAUUUAUAACAUCUUAAUUUUCAUAAAUCGACUAUUUAUCAUAUGUCUAAUCUUAAUAAAUAUUACUUUUGUUAUUUUAUAUACUUUUACUCAUUUAUUUUAUCUGCAAUUAAUUAUGA